UAUCCUAUAGGAAAGACACAUCCUUCAGAAAUGGACAAGACUUAUUCAGACCCUAACAUGGAAAAUGAUAAUACCGAGCGCAUCAGAGGGAAAAGGCUUUCCUCUAUUUUAAAGGCUCCACGAAGUCCUCUUCAUGAUCUUGGAAAUGGGAAUGAAUUCACUCAGGAUGUCAAUAUGGAAAAACGUCGGAAAAACUCUCGCCGCGUCAGCUUUGCGGACACCAUAAACUGCAGAGUCUUCCAGAGAGAUCUUAAAACUAAUGUGACAGAGAGAGAAAAUACAGAGUGUGCAGCAGAUACAAGGAAACAAGUCCUGCUUAAUCAAAAUGAAGAACCUGAAGCUGUUCAGUGUGAGAUCACUGGGAUGGACACUUUGCUUCAUGCCCCUAUCCAGGCAUUGGUGCAGCAGACUGAGUGGCACGAUGCAGACACCACCUUUCAAAGAACGAAUAGGCAUGACACAACACUUAUCUUUUCAGAUGAAAAUGAAAUGGAUAUGACAGCUAGUCACACUGCAGUGAUUACACGUGACCUGAAAAGCAAUCAGACUGACAAAGCUGAGAAAAUAGAUAUCACAUCUUUUCUGGCUGGGUUAAAGACUAACAAUGGAAAGUCAGAAAUGAACAAAGAAUUUCAUUUUUUCUGUGAUCCUACAAAUCAUUCAUGCCCAUCUUCUGAAGAGAAACCAGAUGCUAUGACAGUAAAAAAAAUAAAUUUUAAUGAAUUUUUGAUGAGCUUGAAGUCAAAUGAAAAGGUGCUUAAUCCUACUGAAGGACCAGAAAAAGAGAACCUUUUUUUUGUCCCUUCACAAGUUUCAGAAGACAUGGCACGAGCAUCAGUGGAAUAUAUAUAUUCCCAUGAACCAGAGGCCACCUGCAACGUAACAAAAAUCUUUAGAGAGCAAGAUGAUGGGAUGGAAAUGACAAAAUGUCAGGCAUCUGAUGUUAAGACUAUAUUUUCUGGUAUUUGUGAGGCUCCACCAGAGCAAUUAGUAUGUGCAGAUGUUACUGAGGCAUUUGUAGAUGUUGGUAUGGAUAUGACAAUUAGUCACACUGCAAAAAUGUCUUUUUCCUUCUCCGGUGUUGAGAAUCAAAGUUUAAACUUCAAAAAGGAUUUCCCAGCCACGGAAUUAGAUAAUAAUUCUAUAUUAAAGAGACCAUCUAAUCCGCAGUUAAUGGUUCAGGAGGAACCCCAACUUUGUACAGACAAGAAAAUAGUAAAUGUUGAAAACAGGCUAGAUACUCCAGCACUGCAAAGUGUUGAACAACAGGCCAGGACAAUGUCUGCGAUUCCAGGAUCUAUUUCUUCUGACACUGUCUUCCGAGGUGAUAAAACUCUUGUUUUUUCUACAUGUGAUGACAUGGAAAUCACUGGGAAUUAUACAGGUGUGAUAGAUAAUGAAAGUACCAAGGAAAUCAGCAGUUCAUGCAGUAAAGCUAUUGAAAAAACAGUCAAUACAAACUCUUCAGUAGUAGAAAACACACAUCCAGCACCUGAUGAUGAUAGGGACAUUACAAAAAGUCUAGUAUCUUCUGAUAAUCGAUCUUCUAUGCCAUAUAAAAACAGUGCACUUGUACUAUUUUCUGGCUCAGAUGAAAGAACUGAAAAAGUGACCCAAGAUCACGGGAGUGCUUCCAUGAAUGUUGGCUUUGAUUCACAUGCAAAUUCAGUUUCUAAUGGUAUUUGUAAGGGUAGACUUCAGCACAGACUAGCAAACUCUCUGCUUGUUUCUUUGCCAGGUGAGAAGACCGUAAUCUUUUCUGGAGAAGAUAUGGACUUGACUAAAACUUGUGUUCUCAAGGAUGAAAGAAGGAAUGUAGAAAACGAAUUUCCUGCUGGUGUGUCCAGUUCUUUUGCCUGCAAACCUCACUUUCUUGGUAUCACAUCUACCUCUCCCAAUUUAAAUGACCAGGAAGAAAUGGAAAUAACUAAAUGCCAGGCUGUUGUCAUUGAUGAUCAAAGCACUGGGAUAAGAGCAGAAGCAAAACAAAUGCAUAAUAAAAUAAUUCCAAGUAAAAAUGAGAACAAAGAUGACAGAGAAGUUUCAGAUUCUUUUAAUAUGGACAACGAAAAUGUCGAGGUAAUGGAUAUUGAUGUGAAUGUUAAAAGUCGCCAUUCUAUAGAAAUGAAUACUACAGAUUUUGAGGUGCUAGUAGUCGAUAAGAAGCUUGGAAAAACAAACUUUCUGGCAAGUGCUCUGAGUUCCAGUGCAAAGAAAGUAUGCUCAUUCCAAGAGCAAAAGAAGGAAGUCCCUAAGAAUGUUAUCACUAACAACUGUGCGUUUAUGUCUUCGCAAAAGCAAAACAUUGGUGUAUCUCAGUCUUUCCAAAAAAACCCUUUGAAUGCUUCACUUUCCUGCACAAAUGAUCAAACAGCCAUGCUUUCAGAUGAUCAAAACAUGGACAUAACCAAAACUCAUACUGCCGCCCUUGAUGUUGUUCCUAUUAAUACUGUGCAAGAUCAUGAGAAUAAUCAUAGUCAAAGUAAUGUAAUAUCUAAACAGCUGCAAAACAAGACCUUUCUGUUUUCUGGUGGUUCUGAUGCAGAUAUCACUAUAAGUCAGACCGCAGCAAUAGAAUGCGGGGUUUUCAAAAUGAACUCGGAUAAGCCAACUGUUGUUCCUUUUGCUCCAAAUGGUUCUUUUAUUUCCAGUAAUGAGCCUGUUCCUCCUGGAAUUAAAGGAGAUGAACAACUUGGAAAAAUAUUAGGAAUGAACACAAAUUACCAAAACUCUGACAAGCAAGAGAAAACCCGUACUAUGGAGGGAGUAAACAAAGUGUUGUCAGGUGAAGUAGAUUCUCGGAGAGAUUUUUGGACCAGUAAAACAGUUUCUUCAAAAGAGGAUUUGAAAAAUCCUCACUCAGUUGAUAGUCGGCUCUUGAAAUGUGCUGAAGAGCCAUUACUAGCCAAUACAGCUGAACCACCUAAGGGAAAUUCCCGGUUGCCUUCAUUUUUGGAAAAGUCAGUUGUAUUUUCCUCUGAUGAAAACAUGGACUUGACUGAAAGCUGUUUAGUAAAGGUUCCUGAUCAAAACAUCAAUACUGUUCUACCAGAAAGAAAAGCAGUACCCAGACAUGUGGUUCAAGAUGAAAAUAAUACAUUAUCCUUAAAAAAAGAGGACAAAAUGACUGUAAAUAGUCAGGAGCAGUCUGGGUGCCACGCAGACUCCUUGGUAUCUGCCAAGAAAACGUUAGCCGUUACUGACACAAAGCAUUUUUCUCGUUUGGGUGAGAAAACCACCAUAUUUUCAGAUGAUGCUGAUAUGGACAUCACCAGAAAUCAUACAGUUGCAGCAGACAAUAAAAUAAUUUUACAGCCUAGAAGUUCAGACAGUGACAUAACCUUAAAUCCUGAGGAUAAAACUUGUAUUUUCACAUACAGUAACGACAUGGAAAUAACUAGACUUGAUACUGUUGUAAUUGAUAAAUCUAUGGAAAAGGCUGCAUCUCAAGGGAUGCUAAGCAUAGCUAACAGGCCUGGAAGAAAAAGCUUGAGGGGAGCAACAGGUGAAAAGACUGUUUUAUUUUCACUGAAUGAGGAGGAGAAUGACAUGGAGAUCACACAGAGCCAUACAGCUGCAAUAGGCCAUGAAACUGCCUCACAAGAUAAGGUUACCUUUGGCACUGUCUCUCAAAGCCAGGUAGAAAUUCAUGAAGGUGAAGAUCCUCCAAAUCAGUCAUCUAAAAGCCCUGAUUGUACUCAGGCCAACACCAGCAGCUCUCUGGAUUCUGUUAAGGCUGACACAGAAUUAACUAUUCAGCGAAGCAGUCACAUGGAGUCUCAGCUUCUCACAGAUAGCAUUUGUGAAGAUAAUUUAUGGGAGAAAUUUCAGAAUGGUGUUAUCACAGUUGGGGAGUUUUUUACGCUUCUCCAAGUCCAUAUUCCAAUUCAGAAGCCCCGGCAGAGCCAUCUUCCAGCCAAUUAUGCAAUGAGCACACCACCUACUCCAGAAGACUUGAUUUUCAGCCAAUAUGUGUAUCGCCCCAAGCUGCGUAUUUAUGAAGAAGAUUGCCAGGUCCUUUCUCAGAUGAUAGAGGAAUUGAAACCAUAUGCAAGUGUCCAGGAUCAACUCUUGGUAAACGUGAAUAAGAGUUUGUGGGAAGUGAUGAGAACCUGCUCUGAUGAAGAGCUGAAGAGCUUUGGAGCAGAAUUGAACAAAAUGAAAUCCUAUUUCACCAAGGAAAGUAAAAUUCUGGCUCACAAUGGGAAAGUGACACUGUAUAGCAAAUUGCUGCAGAGCUCACAGGAACAAUGGGAGAAACUACAGUCAAGAAUAGCAAAAGUGGAUGAAAUUCUCAAGGAGGCAGAUAGCUGUCUUGCUGCUCUGGAAGCAGAUUCUGACUGGGAGGAAUGUGAAGCAGACUGCAAUGAUGAAAUGGCAGAACAGGAGUCCAAAGGGAGAAAUUUAGAGGAAGAAUUGGAAACCCUCAGAGCCGAAGAAGAGGAGCUUCAAAGAGAUCUGUUGGAGCUGGAGACUCAGAACAAGCAAGUGCUUGCUGAGAUAAACCGUCUACAGAAGAAAGAAAAAAGCUGCCAGGAACUCCUGGAGGCAUACAACUUCACUGAGUGGGAGAUUAGUGAAUGGAGUGAACAGCAAGCAGUCUUUAAUUUUCUUUAUGAUUCUAUUGAAUUUACAGUAGUCUUUGGAUCACCAAUAGAUGGUGAUGUUUUCGGUGAAAAUCCCUGCAGAAAGAUUGUUAGCAUGAGCUUUGAAUCUCUCUUGGAUGAAGAAAAGGCUCCACUUUCCUCACGUUUAGUCCAAAGACUCAUCUUCCAGUUUAUUGAAAGUCAGGGAUGCUGGCAGGAAAGGUGCCCCACACUGCACUACUUGCCCCAGGUGCUUCAUGACAUCUCUUUGGUUGUGAGUCGUUGUAAGGUCUUAGGAGAAGAGAUUGAAUUUCUGAAGAGAUGGGGUGGCAAAUUUAAUCUUCUAAAGACAGAUAUCAACGACACAAAAGUGAAGCUUUUGUUCUCCACUUCCACAGCUUUUGCAAAGUUUGAAUUGACCCUAUCUCUGUCUGCCAACUACCCAUCUGCUUCACUGCCUUUUACUGUCCAAAGCCAAAUUGGGAACAUUGGAGAGGAGGAAAUUUCUGCUGUUCUGUCCAAGGUACCACUUGGUUACCACUAUUUGCGGAGGAUCGUCAGCUUGAUUCAUCAUCAUCUGCUCCAAGAUCCCAGAUGAUUCACGUACAGGACUGAAGGUGUCA